CCUUGCCGUAUUAUGUGGUCACAACGUGAUCCCGCUCUUCGUAAGACCGGUACCGGGAAUAUCUUUAUUAAAAAUCUCGAUAAAUUGAUUGAUAACAAGGCCCUUCACGACACGUUUUCGGCUUUUGGAAAUAUCUUGAGUUGCAAGGUUGCCAUGGAAGAUGGAGUUUCUAAAGGUUACGGCUUUGUCCACUACGAAACUGCUGAAGCCGCUGAGAAUGCCAUUAAACGUGUAAAUGGGAUGUUGCUUAAUGAUAAAAAAGUUUAUGUUGGUCAUCAUAUUCCUAAAAAGGAACGCCAAUCUAAGCUUGAAGAGAUUAAAGCCAAGUUUACAAAUAUUUAUGUGAAGAACUUGGAUCCCGAAGUUACAGAAGAAGAAUUCCGUCAAAUUUUCAUGAAAUAUGGAAAAAUUACAUCUGCCGUUAUUUCUACCGAUGAAGCGGGUAAUUCUAAAGGGUUUGGUUUCGUUAAUUACGAAGAUCACGAGGAAGCGGCCCAUGCAGUAAAUGAACUUCACGAUACAGAAUUAAGGGGCAAGAAGCUUUUUGUAGCACGAGCCCAGAAAAAACACGAACGUGAAGAAGAAUUACGAAGGCAAUAUGAACAGGCCAAAUUGGAAAAAUUAAACAAAUAUCAAGGUGUGAAUUUGUACAUAAAAAACCUUGAAGAUGACAUCGACGAUGAAAGAUUGCGUCAAGAAUUCUCUGUUUAUGGUGUCAUAACCAGCGCAAAGGUAAUGAGGGAUGAACGACAACAGUCUAAAGGGUUUGGGUUCGUUUGUUUUUCAUCCCCUGACGAAGCUACUAAAGCCGUAACUGAAAUGAACGGUCGAAUGAUUGGUAGUAAACCAAUCUAUGUAGCUUUAGCUCAAAGGAAGGAUGUGCGAAAAUCUCAAUUAGAAGCCCAAAUUAACCAAAGGAACAUACGUUUGCAACAGCAAGCGGCUGUUAGCAUUGGUGCAGCCACUGCUUAUGGUUUGCCUGUUGGGUACGCUACUCACCCUGGAUCAUAUGGAAUGAGGACCGGUCGUCCUACUCCUUUUUAUGGUCAAGUUGGCAUGCUAAAUGCUGUUCCUGGUACUACUCCUAAUAUUCGCACUAAUAACUUUGGACAAUUAGUAAACAACAACCGCCCAAAUGGUAGACCUCAAAAUAAUCCUCAGAAUUCAGGAAGGGGCAAUCCGAAUGCUAAUCGUGGUGCGAGAAACCAAUAUCAACCAACUUCCAAACAACAUAACCAGUUCGGACAGAACAACCGCGUCAGUAAUGGUCAAGGUCCUUCUAACACUCGCAAUAAUAAUCCGACCCAAGGAAAUAUUUCUUCCGUAGACUCUGUCUUUGAU